GCAGCACAGAGGACAGAGGAAGAGCCCUCAGGCAGCCACCAUGGCCACUGCAAGGACAGUCCUGCUGCUCACCCUGCUCCUCACCUUCUCCCUGCACUGUGCCACAGCCCACUUCAGACCCAUCGAAUGCUGCUUUGAGUACGCAGAGAGACCUGUCCGACACGUGCAGAGCUACUAUGAGACCCCCAUUGACUGCCCUAUGCCUGCAGUUGUGAUUGUGGCUGCCAGAGGUGCCAAGAUCUGUGCUGACCCCAAGAAGCGCUGGGUGGAGAAAGCCAUGGAAAAGCUUCGAAAGAAAAAAUGAACUCCAUCCACCAUCCCACUUGCCCAUCCAGUCCUCCUGUCCCUGCUGGGUGCUGACGGUGCUCACAGCCCUUCUCCAAAGGCUGCUGUGGCACCACCACUGCAGGUGGAGCCAGCCCAUAUCCUGGCAGGAUCAGGUGUCACCACAUUAUGGACCAGCCGGCCACCAAGCUCCUCCUGCUGCCCCUGCCCUGCCAGGCUGUGCCAGUGGAACAAAUAUUU